AUGGCUCCUCCGACUCCGAAAUCGAAGAAGCCCCAGCCCCGCAAGGUCGCCUCACGUGAAGCCGCGCCCGCGGUUACGCCUCCAGCCAAGAAGGAAGAGAAGCCGCCGCAGCCUCCCAACGCUUCCACGCGCGAAUUCGUCAAGCUGACCUUGGGCCUUGGCCUGGGCGGUCUCCGUGCAAAAUGGGUCGAGCUGAAGCCGUACGCCGGCCCCAACAAAGCCAUCACCGCCUUCACCGCGAACCCGGACAAGAAUCGGUACCAGGACACGGUCUGCCUGGAGGAGACCCGCGUCAAGAUCACCCCGGAAGAGGCCAAUGAGGGCGACUACAUCCACGCCAAUUGGGUCAAGAUGGACAACCGGGAGACGUGGAUCGCCACCCAGGCCCCCACCGACGCCACCAUCGUCGACUUUUGGCGCAUGUGCUGGGAGCACGAGGUGGUGAACAUUGUCCAGCUGUGCCGCCUCGUUGAAAACGGAAAGAACAAGUGCGCUGCCUACUGGCCGGACGAGCCGGGCCUCUUCCAGAAUCACGGCCGCUUCUUCGUCAACAACAAGAAAAAGGAGAUGCAGGAGGGCUUUACGGCCAUGACGAUCGAGCUGUUGCCGGAUGGGUGCUCGAACAGCCGCAUUAUUCGGCUCAUCCAAAUGCCCGACUGGCCGGACCACGGCGUGCCCACCAGCCGACGGGGCGUCCUCCGCUUUCUGCGUGCUUUGGAGAAGCACGGCGACGAGCUGAACAAGGGCCAAACGGUGAUGCACUGCUCGGCGGGCGUCGGCCGCACCGGCACGAUCAUGCUCAUCCACUGGAUCAAAACGGCAUGCAUGGCCAACGAGUCGGUCGACCCGUUCGAGAUGUUCAAGAAGGUGCGCGACCAGCGGGCCUGCUCGGUGCAGACGGAGCAGCAGUUCCUCUUCAUCUUUGCGACCUGCCUGGAAUGGGUUGAUGCCCGCUUCGCCGAGCUGCCCCAGCUGCCGAACUUUAAGACGACGUUGAGCGCGCUGACGGGCGCCGCCACAUCCGGCAACGCGACGGCU